CCAUUACUUGGUGACACGAGCAAAACCCUUGCGGGACUAUCAAAACCCACAUCUGAUUCACGGUGGUGAAAGGAAAGAGGAAAUCCGAAAUGGAGAGGGCAAUAACCGCCGUGAACAGGGUGGCGAGCAGCAACACGGUGGUGAACGUGUUUCUGUUGAGCGUAUUCGGGGCGCUGAGUGCUAGGUCGUUGAAGCAUCAGUGGGAUAUCGAGGCGUUGGAGGCGGAGAAGAACGCUCUGCUUAAAUCCAACAAGGAAAUGAGGAAGACCAUGUGGGACUGGAAGCAGCAGCUCUACGCCGAGGCCGAGGCCGAGGCUGUCUCCUCUCGAGCCCUCGUCCCCCUUUCCAAGCUCAAAGCCAUUUACGGUGAUCAAGACACCGCCGCCUCUAAUCCCCCUCCCUUCCGUUCUGUCGAUGGAAAUUCAGAGGGAGGUGGUAAAGCACCAGGUUCAAGAUUUAUAAUCUAAGUGUUCAUGGUGACCCCAGUGGCCCAGUGCAGAAGGACUAAUAUUCUUGCUAGGUUACACUUUACAGCUAAACUGUCCAGAGUAUCACUGAUCUGUCAAAUAUCUGCCAAAGUUGCACCAAUAAUCAAAAUCAUUGCAGCAUGCAUCCACUAAAUUUGUCCUCUUGUAUUCUUGUAGUGCUACCCCUGCCCCAAUGGGCCACUUUCCUUGUUCAUUCUCUAAUACAAUUUAUUUACUUACAUGAAGAUGUGAAGGCCAAAAUUAUGAAUUUAAGAGCAUCUUUGUGCCAUGUUUUUUUAUAUACUGGGUUUUCCUUCA